GUUAUUUUAUUAUACUAUCAUGGAAGUUCGAUUAUGAAAAUAAAGUGGUUCGUCAUGGAUAAUGAAAAAUUAUCUAUUUUUAUUAGAAGAAAUAUAGAGAUUACACUGUAAAUUUAACAGUAUUUCUAGUCAUGUGAGCCACAAAAGCGUUUAGGAUGUCAAAAUUAAUCUCCGACAUCAAAAAACCCUCUUUGGAUUUACUGGAAAUAGAGAAAAUAGAAAAACUAGAAAAAUAUGAUCCAGUUGGGGAUCCUUUGGUUAUGGAAAGCCUUUAUAAAAUAAAUUGGAAAGAAUUUGCAUGUGGGUGGACUGCCGCGUUGAUCAAUAUAACCAUAACUUAUCCAAUAAACAAACUGAUCUUCCGACAGAUGUUACAUGGUGUUAAUGUGUCAAAUGCAUUUCGCCAGCUACAUGAGGAAGGUCUAUUUUAUUUGUACAGGGGCAUGUUGCCCCCAUUGUGCCAAAAAACAUUGUCUUUAUCAUUAAUGUUUGGAGUAUAUGAAGAAGUGCGGCGUCCAUUAUUGAACAGUGGUUGUAAUGAAUAUGUGGCUAAAGUAAUAGGUGGACUUGCAUCUGGUACAACAGAGGCAAUUUUGAUGCCUUUUGAGAGAAUCCAGACGAUACUGGCUGAUGCUCAUUACCAUAAGGAGUUUAAAAAUACGGUUCAUGCAUUUAAAGCUGUUGGUCUCAAUUAUGGGUUUCGGGAGUACUAUAGGGGUUUAGUUCCAAUUUUACUCAGGAAUGGACCAUCUAAUGUAGGUUUCUUUGUGAUCAGGGAUGAAGUUCAUAAUUAUCGUCCAAGAUUUGAAUCAAAAAUUUAUGAGACUAUAAGUGAAUUUUUUUGUGGAGCAAUGAUAGGUGUGUUUUUAUCUAGUGUGUUUUUUCCAUGCAAUGUUCUCAAAGUUGCUAUGCAAAGUAAAAUUGGUGGAAGUCAUGAGAACAUAUUUAAAGUUUUAGUACAAAUUUAUAAUGAACGAGGUAGAAAAAUUAGGAACUUCUAUCAUGGUGUACAGACUAAUUGCACAAGAGCGUUUAUAAGCUGGGGAGUAAUGAAUGCAGCGUAUGAAAAUUUGAAAAUUCUUUUCUCCUGAGUCAAUUAAUUUCCUUGUAAAUUAUUUUAAUUAAUAACUUUUAAGGCUGCAUGGUCUAUUACACAAAAGUAUUUUUUAUAGAUUGUUAAUUAUUUAUGAUAAAGUAUUCUCUGUUGAAUGUUUGUUGUAGUGGAGGUCCAAAUGUUAUUCCAGUUUAUGUGAAAUAAAUUUGUGAUGAAGGAAAGAUUCUAAGUGAGUGUUAAACGACGAACUGAUGAAGCCUGUGAACAAAUUAUAUUUGUUAUUCGUUUUUAUUACUAUAAUAAUAAAGACCUCGUGAAUCAUUA